UCCACACGUCAUGGUUUAUUUUUCACCAUGCAUUGCUUUCCUUAAAAUAAUAUAUAUGUUGUGCUCGACCGAAGUCUCAAUAUGAAAAUCAAUGAAGACAUCAAGUCUUGUGUUGAUCCUCACCUUUAUCUCAAUGUGCAGCAUUUGCUUCGCACAGAAUUCUCCGAAAGAUUACCUUGACGAGCACAACAAAGCUCGUAAAGAGGUUGGUGUUAAACCACUGAAAUGGAACGAAACCCUUGUGGCCUAUGGACAGAAAUACGUGAACUCGAAGAAAAAAACCUGCGAAUUUGAGCAUUCUAUGGGGCCUUAUGGGGAGAACUUGGCGCAGGGUUAUGGUGAAUUUAGUGGCGUAGACUCGGUGAAAAUGUGGGUGGGAGAGAAGCCGAAUUAUGAUGAGAAGAACAACAAGUGUGUUAAGGAUGAAUGCUUGCAUUACACUCAGGUGGUUUGGAACACGACAGAAAGUGUUGGAUGUGCUAGAACCAAAUGUGACAAUAACUGGAUGUUUAUCAUCUGCAACUAUUACCCUACAGGCAAUUACAUCGGCUCACGACCUUACUAACAUUUUAUACUAACCAACCACUCAUAUAUAUAUAUAUGUAUAUAAUGUAAUAUUAUCAAUUUUUUAUUCUCAAUAAUAUCUUCUAAUUUUUGCUUAGAAAAAAAUUGCUGGUCCGAAA